AGCCACCAGUAUUCAGCAAAGAAUUAGGUGACAUCUCUAUUAGAGAGGGAGAAACGGCUUUUUUUGAAGUUUUCCUAGAGAAUAACACCAACUGUCAGAUUCAUUGGUUAAAGAAUGGUGUCGAACUUAUUGAAAACCAGCGGUUGAAAGUUGAAAGUCAUGAUCAUGGACGUUAUUUGCUCUUCAUUGGGGAUAUAACAGAUCAUGAUUCCGGAGAGUAUUCCUGCGUGGCUGAGAAUGAGGCUGGAACGGCGAUAAGUACGGGAACGAUUUCCAUACAACGGUCUUCCCUUUUGAAAAGCGGUGAAACCGACGAAGAUGAAGAAGAAGAAAUGGAUAGCUCUAUAGAAAUUCCAGUUUUCAAGAAAGAACUCCAUGACAUCACAGCCAAUGAACAUGACACCGUUACUCUCGAGGUGAUUGUCGAUGGCGACUCGCCCUACGAAUUGGAAUGGUUUAAAAAUGCCGUUGAAAUAAUGGAAAACGAUCGUAUCUCCGUCGUUAAACACGAAGACGGCCGAUUUACCCUCAACAUCCGAGAGUGCGAGGAUGACGACACUGGAGAGUACUGUUGCGUAGCUCAAAAUGAGGCUGGAAGAGUCACAUGUGCAGGAUGGUUAACAGUUGAAAUUGAAAGCAUCUUGUCAGAGGAUGACGAAGAAACUGAGUCAGAAGAUGAAGAUGAAUUUGUAACAAAAGAGUUUGUUACGAUCAGAGCAGGCGAUGUACAAAAAUUCUACUGUAUCGAAGAAGAGGUUGGCAG